AUGGGUUUACGCAGCGGUUUUCCGCUGUUGCACCAGCAAUUCAAGGCUCUGUUCAGGAAGAACCUCCUGCUCUCAUGGCGGAACAAGAGGGCUACAUUUCUCCAGCUCUUCUCGUCCUUCAUCUUCAUCUUCCUCAUCUUCUGCAUCCAGAAGGCGAUCGAGGCUCGAAACGCGUCGUCCACGGCGUACAAGAGCGUCGCCGAUCCUCCAUCUCUGGUUUCGCUGCCGAUCCCACCGUGCGAGGACAAGUACUACAUCAAAACGCCGUGCUUUGACUUCGUGUGGAGCGGAGAUGGGAGCGCUAGGAUUCAGAGAAUCGUCAGUGCUAUCAUGGAUAAUAAUCCCGGCAGGCCCAUUCCUGCGAGCAAGGUCAAAUCGUUUAGAACAACAGCUGAAGUGGAUGCAUGGCUGUAUAGUAAUCCAAUGCAUUGCCCAGGAGCGUUGCAUUUUUUGGAAAGAAACGCCACUGUUAUUAGCUAUGGCAUACAGACUAAUUCUACUCCUGUUGCAAAACGAGGGCAAUAUGAAGAUCCCACUUUCAAAUUUCAAAUUCCGCUUCAGAUUGCUGCAGAGCGUGAAAUUGCUCGGUCUCUGAUUGGAGUUCCAAAUUUUAGCUGGGUUGUUGCUUUCAAGGAAUUUGCACACCCUGCAAUGGAGCUUUUCUCUGCAUUGGAUACAGUAGGACCAACCUUUUUUCUUGCAACUGCCAUGUUUGGUUUUGUGUUUCAAAUGACUUCUUUGAUCACAGAGAAAGAACUAAAGCUUCGACAGGCAAUGACAAUGAUGGGUCUUUAUGAUACUGCAUACUGGUUCUCAUGGCUCGCAUGGGAGGGAAUCAUUACACUACUCUCAUCACUUUUCAUCGUUCUUUUCGGAAUGAUGUUUCAGUUUGAUUUUUUCCUAAAGAACAAUUUUGCGGUCUUGUUCCUUGUCUUCUUUCUUUUCCAACUCAAUAUGCUAGGUUUUGCCUUUAUGUUGUCGGCCUUCAUAAGCAAGUCAUCUUCAUCCACAACUGUGGGUUUCUCUAUAUUUAUUGUUGGUUUUAUGACCCAGCUUGUUACAGCAUUUGGAUUUCCCUAUUCUGAUAGCAUCUCCAGAACCUUUCGAAGCCUCUGGUCAUUAUUCCCACCUAAUCUUCUUGCCAUAGCUCUACAGAUACUCGCUGGUGCAACAUCCACUCCUCAAGAUAUUGGGGUUAGCUGGAGUAGAAGAACAAAGUGUGCACCAAAUGAUGAUGACUGUGUUAUAACAAUUAAUGACAUUUAUAUAUGGCUGGUGGCCACAUUCUUCCUCUGGUUUGUAUUGGCUAUCUACUUCGAUAAUAUCAUCCCAAACGCAUCUGGUGUGAGAAAAUCAGUGUUUUACUUUUUGAAGCCUGGGUACUGGAUAGGGAAAGGUGGAAACAAAGUAGAAGAGGGUGGCAUUUGCAGUUGCAUAGGUUCAGUUCCACCACAGGAGCAACUUUCUCCAGAUGAUGAAGAUGUCCUUGAAGAGGAGAACAUUGUAAAACAACAAACUAGGGAAGGCAUAAUUGAUCCGAACAUUGCAGUUCAGAUACGUGGCCUUGUAAAGACAUAUCCUGGGACCACAAAUAUUGGUUGCUGUAGAUGCACGAGGACUUCACCUUACCAUGCCCUCAAGGGUUUAUGGGUGAACUUUUCCAAGGAUCAGUUAUUUUGUUUACUUGGACCCAAUGGAGCUGGGAAAACCACGGCAAUUAAUUGUCUGACUGGCAUCACCCCGGUGACUGGUGGAGAUGCAUUGAUUUAUGGAUAUUCUGCCCAAAGCUCUGUUGGCAUGGCAAAAAUUAGAAAAAUGAUUGGAGUUUGUCCGCAGUUUGACAUUCUGUGGGAUGCAUUGUCUGGGCAAGAGCACCUCCACCUGUUCGCUAGUAUUAAAGGCCUAUCCCCAGCUUCAAUCAAAUCAGUUGCUAAGAAGUCCUUGGCAGAGGUGAGGCUCACUGAGGCAGCCAAAAUGAGAGCUGGGAGUUACAGUGGAGGAAUGAAACGUCGCCUGAGUUUUGCAAUAGCCCUUAUUGGUGAUCCAAAGUUAGUCAUCUUGGAUGAACCGACAACUGGUAUGGAUCCAAUAACUAGAAGACAUGUAUGGGACAUCAUAGAGGAUGCCAAAAAAGGGCGGGCAAUUGUCCUAACCACUCACUCAAUGGAAGAAGCUGACAUUUUAAGUGACAGGAUUGGAAUAAUGGCAAAGGGUAGGCUCCGUUGCAUUGGAACUUCAAUCAGGCUGAAGUCACGGUUUGGGACUGGUUUUAUUGCUAAUGUAAGCUUCACUGGAAGCACCAAUGGACAAAGUCCUCCAAACAGUGAUGCAGUUGCUACACCUCACCAUGAGGCAGUGAAGCAGUUCUUUAAACAUCAUUUGGAUGUUUUACCAAAAGAAGAGAACAAAUCCUUUCUGACUUUUGUUAUUCCUCACGACAGAGAGGGGCUUUUGAAGAAUUUUUUUGCUGAGCUUCAAGACAGACAAAGUGAAUUCGGUAUAUCAGACAUCCAACUUGGUCUUACAACUCUAGAGGAAGUUUUCUUGAAUAUUGCAAGGCAGGCAGAGCUAGAAACUGCCACAGCUGAGGGGAGGUUGGUCACUCUCACUUUAACAUCCGGAGCCCCAGUCGAGAUACCAGUCGGAGCUAGGUUUGUGGGGAUUCCAGGCACAGAAUCUGCAGAGAAUCCAAGAGGGAUUAUGGUAGAAGUUUACUGGGAGCAAGAUGAUUCCGGUGCCCUCUGCAUAUCUGGCCACUCACCUGAAACUCCAAUACCUCCUAAUGUUGAACCAAUGCCUUCUUCGGCUGCAACCUCACGCAGAAACUCGAUAGGCCGGUCACGACCAGUUCAUGGAAUUGUCAUUCACCCCAAUCAAAUCAGUAGCACAAGUCCUCAUUGA